GUGUAUAUGCUAACGUGGGGACGCGCAGCACGGAGCCUCAUGGUCCAAAAUCCAGAAAGACCCGCGUCUGGGAUUCUCAACUCGACGGAGUACAGACCUUCGUGACAGGUAUGUCCACCCACUCUCCUCUCUCACCCAUAAUCCCGUGUAACCCUCUUUAAUACAGAUUCCGCAACGCCUUCCCAGAUAAAUACGCCGCAGCAGGUUUCAAACCCCGCCCACCACGACCAGGCUGCACCUCCCGAUCCACCUCCUCCGAAUCAACACUUAGCCUCGGACCCGAACCUCGCCCCAACACUGACUUUAAGCCAGAGGACCCCUUGGGCUUAGGUCUUCAGAUGACCUAUCCAAAACCUCCGCAAGAAGACCCCACAGCCCUAGGCAUGGGCCUCCAGAUCGCUUAUCCUAUAGCUAAACCUCCGGCGUCGGCAGCAUUACCGACUCCACCUUCCUCGAUCGAGAUGCGACUGGAUUUUGGGACUCAGAAUAUGGCGCUCGCCCCCUACAAACAAGAAACGAGUUCAGUGUUGCAUUCGCCGCCGAGUGAGAGGGUGUUGGUUACGCCGGAUUUGCCGCAGUGGACGGGACCACAGGGGAUGGAAUGUGGGUUGGGCGAGAGCACUCAGGGGAUGGGAACACAGCACCAACAUCAGCAUCAGCAUCCGAUUGAUAGGUUGUUCACGCCAACGGGGUUCUUGACACCGCAUAGCCAACCAUCGUACUCCCCCACCACGCUCGAGUUCCGUGCAGAACAGUUGCAGAUGAGUGGGAUGUCAAUGGGCCCGGAUGGAUUCUGUGGGGGUUUGAGUGAUUGCUUCUUUGCCUCUUCCGAUCACAACUCCACUCCCGGAAUCGGGGUCGAGAUUGGUGUCGGAGGUGACGUCGUCACACCCUCUGGCCUCCUACAAGCGAAGGUGGUGCCCGGGCAGGAUGCAGAAUUAUUAUGGGGACAGAUCAUGCCUGUACAGGUACCGGGGGUUCCUAUACAGUAUGCUGCUCCGGGGUCGGGACUGGGGAUGCAUGUUGAUGGGCAGUUUAUGGCGGUUUUUGAGAGGGGAGAUGGCGCUGGAAUGGGACAGUGAGAGUGCGUGUGAGCAUGACAUGAAUGGACCAGGAGUUUAGGGAUAAAUUGGCAAUUUUGGGUAGGGUUGCGAGGAGGGUAAGAGCAUUGGUGUUAGGCGCGAAUGGGAUAUUGAUCAUUUUGGCGUUUCGUUGGAACUGGAACAUGGAAUACAUUUUGUUGGGUGCUUCACGUGAUUUGGGAUAUCUGGCGUACCUGCGCGCCCAUCGUAACGAGGAC